ACAAUGUUAAAGUGUCACAAUGCAGAAUUCCACAAUAUAUAUAUAUAUACUUAUAUAAAAAUUACCAUAUCCAUAUAUAAAGCGAAUAUUUAUCUAUAGAGGAAUGUUGUGGCGCGCACACGAAUACAAUCACGAACGAACGAACAUCAUCGAAUUCGAAUGCACAUUUGAUACAUUUGCGCAUUGCAAAGAACAAUAAAAUGCUUUAUAUAUAACUAUGUACAUGGUUAUAUAUUUACCAUAAUGGAGUGUGUGCGUGAUUAUUGACAUAUUGUUUUUACUAGACCAUUUGAAAUGGAUUUUUGUUUCUGUUUUUGGGCCAUUUGUCGUAAUGCCAUUACUUUUGGUUUUUGAGCACAUAAGAUGCUUAUUGGAAUCCCCCAAAAAAAGAGACACACACAAAAAACCGUCUAUUGAUGAACGUUUUUUGUUGUUGCUGUUGUUGUUGUUGUUGAUUUAUUGGACCAACGGAUGAUUUUGGCCAUCCGUAGCCGUCUUUGCUGCCGUUUCAGCUUUGCAUAUUGCACAAAUACCAUGACAUGCAGUUUGAACAGUACGAGCGUGUAAUACAGCAAUCGAUCUCUUGAUUAAACGAUAGAGAGUGAGAUAGAGAGUACAUAACAGGCGCAUAAGCAUAUAACACAUUUAUAAAAAUACUCUCUGUACACAUAUAUAGAUUUAAACACAUAGUCAAAUGGUUUUUCAUGUAGACCGUACCGAGAGAGUGCUUAAAGCACGAUAGAAAAAGCAGUAAUUUCAAUUGUUGGUCUAGUAUACUGUGGAUUGUGUGUUACAGUGAGCCAAAGAACUUGAAUCAAAAAUUGCUGCCGUUGUUACUGCUGUGCUGCUUCUGUUGCUACCGCUAAUACUCUAUCUCUCUUACUCUCGUGUAGUCUGCUUGUGUAUUUGUACUAUUUUCAUGAACCAGCGAAACCAAAUAUAAUUCACUAUCUAAAAAAAGAAAAGAAAAAUACACACACGAUAGAAGAUAUUGAAGAAGAAGUGGCAAACAGCACAGUGUGUUCACAAACUAAAAUAAAACGCUUAAACAGAGCGCGUAUCUCCUUUUGGCUCAUUAUAUUCGGUUUUGGGUUCGUUUGCUUCGAAUUUGAGAGCAAUUCGCAUUAUCACAAGGCGACUAUUCUGUAGUGAAUAAAAGAAGGUGAGAGAUAGCGGCCCCGCGACUCCGACAAAUCUGUGUGCGAGAACAGAAGAAGAGCAACACACCGCUAAAACAACCGAACACCGAACACCCGUGUGUUUUUAAAGAGAGAGAUAUUGUGUUUUCAUUUUUAUUGCACACACAAUAAUAAGUUGUUGCUUUUUUGAUAAAUCUACUUGUGUGUGAAAUGGCUGUGUUUCUCAUUAAUAUUUGUAAAUUCAAUGGGUGCGGAAUAAAAUUUGAUUCAUUGGGUGAAUUAAUCACUCACAUCGAAAAUAUACACAUCGACUAUGAUCCGCAUGUUGUUGAACAAAAGGAGCAAUCACAGCCGGCAUGUCUUCCAUUGAGCUAUGUGCUAAGGUUCAUAACUGAUGCAGCGCGCAAGGAAGGCCCAUUCAUAAACAAUUCCACGGGUGCCAGUGAUUUAAAGCGAAAAUUAGCUAUUAAACAUCACAGCUAUAGCAUGUCAUCAUCAAAUCGAAGUACCACACCAACAGGUAGUGAAAUAGACGAUGAAGAAAUGAUAGUAUCGGAAUCGGAAAAUUCGAAUGACUCUUGGACGACCGAAGAGUUUAGUUCGGAGUUUAUAAUGCGUUAUGGCAGCAGACACUCUGGCACGGCGGGGAAUAGUGCAUCGAAUGAAAAACCAUUUGCAUGUCCAGUGCCUGGGUGCAAAAAGCGAUACAAGAAUGUAAAUGGCAUCAAGUAUCAUUCCAAAAAUGGCCACAAAAAAGAGGGAAAUAGAGUGAGAAAAGGAUUCAAAUGCUAUUGCGGAAAGAGUUAUAAAACAUCACAAGGUCUUAAGAAUCAUUCAAUGGUGGUACAUAAUACGACAUCGACGGAGGCAUUGAAUAAUAAUAACAAUAAUAGUAGCAAUGUGACAAGGCCACAUAGUCCAUCGAGUGCUUCGAAUGGCGGCAACAAUAAUUUUAGCAGCCAAAGUCAAUUAUCACCAAAUAGCAGUGCCAAUGGAAGCAUGCCCGGUAAUACAACAACAUUGUCGACGGUAACGAUGGCAGCGGCGACAGUUACGGCAAACAUAAAUGUAUCGCCAACCUUCACCCAGUCCAUAACACAAUCAAAUCAAAUUACAUUAAAAACAACACCACCGACUACCAAUUUAAUAGCCGUUAAUUCAUUGGCUGUAUCAAGUCCUCCAAAUAACAGCCAUGCACUGCUAUCCACUCACAAUCCAAAUAAAUUGGUCAAACUGAAUACAGAUUGUUUUGAUGGUGUUUUAGUUGGCACCAAAACAUCUGGCAAAAAUUUAAUCAUAACGAGUAACAGUGCGGCAAAUGGUACAAGCAAUGGUAAUAUUAUUGUGACAACAACAACCGCCAUACAAAACCAAUCGAAUGCCGAUGACACAAAUGGCAAUGGCACUAAAAUGAAUCUUCCUAGUCUUGUUAAUUUAGGUAUUUUAACUCCAGCUACAUCACCAAAGCAACACACACAACUAACACCUCAAAUUUCACCAAAUCAUACGCCCGCAUCGAAUGCAAACAAUGCGAAUAGUAAUAAUAAUUGUAAUAUAAAUAACAACAACAACAACAACGAAAACUCACUACCGCUUACCCCAAUCAGUCCAUUGAAUAAAACAUUUAAUGGCACCGCCGCAAUAAGCAUAGGCAACACAAAAAAUAACAACAAUUCAUCCAGUCCGAAUCUGAACAAUGGUGGGCUUCAUGCCAAUUCAAUCACCGUCGAUGGCUCAUUGACUGAAAACACUUAGCCUAUAUUAAAAACGCUUCUUUUGCGUAAAUGAGAACCAAAACGAAACGAAAUUUUAAGCAAAAAGGAGAAAUGAAUGAAACACAAUGUCGAACAGCUAGAAGAAAAAAAACAACAACAACACACAUUUAAAUCUCUUUCUCUGUGUUCACACAUCCUGCGCCGAUGUUAUAUAAGUAUCUGUCAAGCUUUAAGCCACUAUUAUUAAUGUGAUGAUGUCUGCGUACUAUUAAAAUGAAAAACGAAAGUUACAUGAUGCAGUACAUUUAAAAGAAAAAUCAACAAAAAAAGAAACAACAACACAAACAAAACACUGACGUGAGUUGCGUAUGAAUUAUUAUAAUUAAUCACUUACAUUCGCAAACGUGUAUUUUGGGUUAGUGUUUAGAAGAAGAAGAAAAAAAAUGUUUUCAUAUCUAUUUGUAAUUUAAAGAGAAAAGAAAAAAAAAUGAUGAAAAUUUGUAAAUGCGAUAAUACACGUAGGUCCUAGUAAAAUACAACUGAACAAAACCAAAACGAACGAACACAAAUUUAAGCACAAAAUUGCUGCGUAGAAAUAAUAGAAUCUAAUGUUUUUUUUGAUGAUGAAAUUAAUGUAAAGUUUUGAUUGAAAGUACUAAUUCUUUGAAACAUACAUUUUUACUCUAUUCGUUCUAUACAUAGGAACAGAAAUGCUUAUCUAAAUUUUGUGAAAUUACAUUUCAGAGUUAUAUAAUUUCAACAAAACUGAAAUUUGUUUCAUUGCACUAGAAGAAUUUUUUCUUUCUUCUUUUGCUUAAAAACUAGGCAAAUUGAAUAGACAAAUUAAACUUUCAAAGAAUCAUGCACUUAAGACAAUUCUAUUUAAUUCAAAUUUUGUGAUUUGAGCUGUUUUGCGAAGCAGCUUAAAAUUAUUUAUUAAUUGAGAGAAGGAGGAGAAAAAAAACACAAGGAUAUGUAGUUAUAUUUUGAAUGGACCGCGAAUGGCAUUCAAUAGGAUAUUGUUUAUUGUUCCGAUUUUAAUUUCAUUCGAAAUUUCGAAUUUUUUUUUAAAUUCUUUUUAUUCGCAGUUGAUCGAAAAACUUUUUAUUUGUGAGGCACACAUUAUUAGAUGAGCAUAGAAGAUGAUGUAAAAGCUUAAAUCAAUUUCCAAACCAUUUUUCCAAACAUAUAAUUCAAUCCGCUGAUAUAUAUAAUACCAUUUUAAGUGUGUUUAAAUUUCAAACAUGUGCUUAGCACUAUAGUGAAGUGUUUGAGCAUCACAGCAGCCAACUAAACAGAAACCGAAAUUAUGUAUACAGAAAACAUUUUUUUUAUAUAUCCUUUAGAAAAGGAUAUUAUGUGUUAUAUUAGCAGCAACCAAUCCAAUAUUUGCACGGAACGAAGGAGAAAUGAUGAUAAAAAUGUGUAAGAAGAAGAUUUUUGUGGUGAUUAUGAGAUAACAUUUUUCUAGUCAUUAAAUUAUUUAGAGAAUUUUAUUGAAAAUAUUAUUAUCUAUAAAAUAAAUGAAAAAUGAAAUUAAA